AUGAAUGUUUAUUUUCAAAACCCUAAUCCAUUUUCUGGAGUUAAUGAUAUACCUCCUCCUCUUUCCUCAGAUUUCAUUAACGUAUCUGAUUAUCUAGUUCUUGAUGAUGAUGUUUUUGCUAAUCAUGACUCUAAUUGGCCACGAAGUACAGAAACUCCCGAAUCAUCAGAUAAAGCAGGUUCCACCAAUGAUGUUACCAAUGUCAUUAAUCAAGGGUUUAGUGAUGAAAUUGAAACCACUAUCAACAACAACAACAAUAACAAUAACAUGAUCAUAAAACGCAAAAGUAGAGGGAUUAAUGAAAAUACGGUAGAAGUGAGUCGAAGGGUUACGUUUAGAACGAGAUCGCAGUUUGAGAUUAUGGAUGAUGGAUACAAAUGGAGGAAGUAUGGAAAGAAGUUUGUGAAGAAUAAUUCCAACCCAAGGAAUUACUAUAAGUGUUCAGGUGAAGGAUGUGGUGUGAAGAAGAGGGUGGAAAGGGAUAGGGAAGAUACAAGCUAUGUGUUGACGAGUUAUGAUGGUGUCCACAAUCACGAGAGCCCGUGCACUUGGUCGUACUACACUCCACCAGCAAUGUCUUCGGUGUAUUCCAAUGAAUGGCAACUGCAGCAGCAGGCUUCUGCAAACUCGUCGUCUUCUAAUUAUUCAACUAAUACUUAG